ACCCAAACUUGUUGACCGACUAUGUAUUUGCAGUGUAUGUGAGAGAGAAUGAUGCCGCUUCUGUUGCAUCUAACGUUCGAAUGUUGCUUAUGUUGAAGAAAGAAAAAAAAACACGGAGUUUGUUUGCUGUUGUAUUGAUCUACAGUAGCUUAGCGUGGGAUAUUUUUUUUUGUAUCUAUAGGUUCGUGUUUUUGGGUUGUAUUUCCAAGCGAUGGUGGCAGCAGAAGCAACAUUUCAGCUGGUGUUGAUGGAAGACUUCCCAGUUUUGCAGAGUUGCACGUUGCGAAUGCAAGACUGGAUGUAGCUGAUUGGAGUAGCGAAAUCGGUGAUCACACAGCCGAGUGGGAGGAGGGGAGAUUCUGAAAGUGGGUUUUUCUGUGUGUGACUCUCCAGCGGCCAUGUUAUCCAAGAAGCCGUGCGCUGCCGUCUACCCAACUGGCAAAGGGGGUGAGAUCUGCCAGCUACAGUCUUCCCCGGAAUCGGAGUCGGGGUCCCGGGCCGUAGCAGCGACAGACCCGCCAUCGCCCGUCACACUACCACCCCUCAGGAAUAUCAAGUCGCUCACGGUUGGAGGCAAUAAGCACACCAUGAGUGACCACAUGCACGUGGGGAACCACCAACAGAUCCACGUCCAACAGCUGUUUGAGGAGAACAGCAACAAACGGACAGUGUUGACUGCACAGCCCAAUGGGUUGACCUCUGUGGGCCGGGCAGGUCUACCGCUGCCUGACCGACAGCAGCCCGACGUCACCACUACCACGGCCCAGUGUCGGCAGGGCAGCUCAGCCUCCCUCAAGUCCACCGACAGCAAGCCCCAGCCGGCCACCCUGACCCCGGAGCAGGCCAUGAAGCAGUUCAUGCCCAAGCUUACGGCCUUCGAGCACCAUGAGAUCUUCAGUUACCCAGAGGUGUAUUUCGCUGGACCCAACGCCAAGAAGAGGCCGGGGGUGAUCGGGGGGUCCAACAACGGAGGCUACGACGACGAUCAGGGCUCCUACAUCCAGGUGCCCCACGACCACGUCUCCUACCGCUACGAGGUCCUCAAGGUGAUUGGCAAGGGCAGUUUCGGACAGGUGGUGAAGGCCUACGACCACAAGGCCCACUGCCACGUGGCGCUGAAGAUGGUGAGGAAUGAGAAGAGGUUCCACCGCCAGGCGGCCGAAGAGAUCCGGAUCCUGGAGCACCUGAGGAAGCAGGACAAAGACUCCACCAUGAACGUGAUCCACAUGCUGGAGAACUUCACAUUCCGUAACCACAUCUGCAUGACCUUUGAACUCCUCAGCAUGAACCUCUACGAGCUCAUCAAGAAGAACAAGUUCCAGGGCUUCAGCUUGCCGCUCGUCAGGAAGUUCGCCCACUCUAUCCUGCAGUGUCUGGACUCGCUGCACAAGAACCGUAUCAUUCACUGUGACCUGAAGCCAGAGAACAUUCUCCUGAAGCAGCAGGGACGCAGCGGGAUCAAGGUCAUCGACUUUGGCUCCAGCUGCUACGAGCACCAGCGGGUUUACACCUACAUCCAGUCUCGUUUUUACAGAGCUCCCGAGGUCAUCCUGGGGUCGCGCUAUGGGAUGCCUAUUGACAUGUGGAGCCUGGGCUGCAUCUUAGCGGAGUUGCUCACUGGGUACCCUCUCCUGCCGGGCGAAGAUGAAGGGGACCAACUGGCAUGCGUCAUCGAGCUGCUGGGCAUGCCCUCGCAGAAACUUCUGGACUCUUCCAAGAGAGCCAAGAACUUUGUGAGCUCCAAGGGUUACCCCCGGUACUGCGCGGUGACGACCCUGCCGGACGGCUCGGUGGUGCUGAACGGGGGGCGCUCCCGCCGGGGCAAACUGAGGGGACCCCCGGGGAGCAAGGAGUGGGUGACGGCCUUGAAGGGCUGCGACGACCCCCUGUUCCUGGACUUCAUCAAGCAGUGUCUGGAGUGGGACCCUGUCGUGCGUAUGUCCCCCAGCCAGGCCCUCAGACACCCCUGGCUCAGGAGGCGCUUGCCCAAACCUCCCACGGGGGACAAAACAACGGUGAAGCGUAUCACCGACGGGGGCUCUGGCGCUAUCACGUCCAUCUCCAAAUUACCUCCCACCUCGGGCUCCACCUCCAAGAUAAGGACUAACCUGGCGCACAUCACGGACGCCAACGGGAACAUCCAACAGAGGACAGUGUUGCCAAAACUAGUCAGUUGAAGAAACUGUAAACGACAGCUAGUUCGUUGUCUCAUCUAGGAUAUCUCUUCUUACUGUUUUUGGUUUGUUUUGUUUUUUUAAAGUGGAGAGAUGAUUGUGUCUCUGAGAGAGAGAGAAAAACAACCGGGGAAGCCGAACAGUACCAGUCACAGUACUCAACAGUGUGUUUUUUUAAAGUGGAGAGAUGAUUGUGUCUCUGAGAGAGAGAGAAAAACAACCGGGGAAGCCGAACAGUACCAGUCACAGUACUCAACAGUGUGUUUUUU